AUGAACACAUCACCACUGUCGUACAUACAACCGACCAUGCAGGAGAGACUGAGCAGAAGUGCAACAUUGUCGCAAGGAGAUGUCAGCGAUGCUUUCGUCGUGAAGAUGCUCACCACCAUGAUCGCAAAAAGAAAUUCAGAUGUGAGGAGGAUGAUGACAAAUGAUUUGCCGAGCGGCGAGCAUGAUCUAGUAGAUAUCGGACUGCGAGAAGAGUCCAGAAGGAAGCUGGAAGAUGAAAUACUGACGAAUCUGCACACGAGGAUAUGUAGGGUCAUUGCGACACGUCGAUCACAUGGUGAUGGGCAGAGAAGAGCGGUUUCAGCCAGGCAGCGGGAUGAAGUGAGGAGGGAGAAUACCAGACGCUUCAUGCGGCUCAGCAUGUCCCCGAAGAAAGGGUCGAGACCAUGGACAGGAAAGGAGCGAUCAGUACAUGGAGGUGGACGAGGGGCAAGGACAGACGAGCUGGUCUAUAGCAAUUCGCCCCGUGUCGCCCAUGAACUGGAAACCUUGAUAUCCAACGACCAAGGUUCCAACGUGUCGAUGGAGGUCCGUCUGGCCGUGUCGUCACUGCUGGAAUCAAGGAAAAACAUCUCUAGACUGUGGGGUGAAAUCUGCGGCUCUGACGUUGAGAACAUGGACUCGUUGGUCAACUCCACGACUCUCCUUGGAAAAACUCUUCGGCAGAGCCUAAAGUCUGGGGUAAGGAGCCCUUCUCCAUCAUUAGAAAGGAGCGCGUUGCAGGAGGGAAAGUGGACUUUGCAAUACGAGAUCUCUGAAGAUGACUUGAACCAGCUGCAGCAGAUGGAAGCUAUGUCGUCGACCACGUCUCCAUCAAACGACAUGGAGUACAUCGACAGGCAUCAAUACCUUGCUGAAGUUUCGAGCCAUCCCAAGUACGAGAGUGAAGGAGAAGCCCCAACGUUCCCGCACUCUCAAGUUCUAGAGCUCCUCCACGAAGAUUUCAACCCCGACAGCGAAAUCAGGAGUCAGCCCUCCAACGACAAGAGCACUGGAAGACGGUCUUUGCGCAUGGGGUCGAUCGUACUUCGAAAGCCCCUGGAAGAAAUUCAGAUUUAUUCCAUGACAAAUUUCGAAAAGACCAUCUACAAACUUCAAAGCCAUGUGAGGCGGUGGCUCCGAAAAAGAAGAUACCUGGAGAGGAUACAUGUUCAGCAUGCCAAGGUGAAAGAGCUGAUCAGAAUCCGAAUGGUAGAGCACAUGGACAUGAUAAAGAGCCAGGAAGAUCAGUACAACAUCUGGAAGUACAGGAUUCGAAUGUUUGGUUGUGAAGAAAGUUUCGAAAAGGCGAGAUCGUACGAGGCAGUCAGAACUCUGCAAUGUGCUUUCCGAUCUUGCAUUGCUCGAAAGCUCCUCAAGUCGUUACCGGAGGCCGCGCUGGUCAUCCAAAGGUGCUAUCGACGAUGGCUAGGCAUGCGGGCAAGUGCUGCGCAGAGACACUACAAAGCCCUCAAACGAUUGGGAGCCAAUCACAAGAAACUGAUCUCACAAUGGACAGUAGCUUGCGAAUGUGCGACUGACGAACUUGAUCUCUUGACCAAGUACACCACACUUGAGCGAAAGAUUAUGAUGUGCCGAAAAGAAAUGGAGCUGCAAAGUCAGAAGUCAGAGGAGCUCUUUCGCAGAAAAGCAAUGCAACGUAAACAAGAAAUCAUCAAACAAAAUCCUUUGACUGGUUGGGUUCCGCAGACGGGGAAGAUCGAUGGGAAGACGUAUUAUUUCAACACGUCGACGUUUGAGAUAAGCUACACGCACCCAUACCAGGAUGCCAUUGAAGAUGCCUGGGCUAGACUGAAGAGCACCAUCGACUCUCAGCAUGGGCCGAGGAGGAGCGCAUUGAUAGCAGAGCUUGAAAGGUUAAAGAACGAGUAUGGCGCCGUCUUCGUAGACGUGGAGAGGCUUCUGGACAAACAGAGUCCUCUUAUUAGCUAA